AUGUCUUCCCCCAACCCACAGAACAAAGACUACUCCCGCCCCUCCUACAGGCCCUUCAUCGAGCUCUACAUCUGCCAUCACCAUCUUCCGAUGCCGGGUCUCUCCGGUAGCCCAAACUCAGCAGUUGGCAAUCUUUUGAAAGGUGCAGUCGACUCUUCUGGUGAAUUCAAAGAUGCCGCCCUCCAGGUUGGAAUCAAAUUGGAUCUGGAAGCAGAGGUCCACCUCACAGCACGUGUGCGCGGUGAUAUCAUUGUUGGGCUUUAUUAA